AUGAAUAGAGAGCAUUGGGUUUUCUGGGAGGUGAUCGAUGAUGGUUUUGGUUGGGGCAGUGGUUGGUCUCGUCAGAGAAAGAAGGAUGAGAGCGAUGGGGAUAAUACCAAUGUUGAUACUUGGGUUUUUGUCGCCGACAACCUCUCCAUUGCGUCUUCUCAACUUCGUCACAGGGUUGUUCAAGGAGUUUCAUCGCAGGUUAUUGUUAGUUUCUUCAUCUCCACUCAACCUACAAUGGCUGCAAAUAAUGAGAUGCCCGUUGCAUUAGACAAGGAACAGAUCUUUGGAAUGGCAGAGAAGGAGAUGGAGUACAGGGUUGAAUUGUUUAACAAGCUAACUCAUACAUGUUUUGCUAAAUGUGUUGAGAAAAGGUACAAAGAGUCUGAGUUAAACAUGGGUGAAAACAGCUGCAUUGAUCGUUGUGUUUCAAAAUAUUGGCAGGUCACAAAUCUUGUAGGUCAACUACUUGGUUCUGGGAGACCACCAAUGUGAAUCUUCAACUUUGUUUUUUAAUUUUAAUUAUAAUAGUCAAGGGUUCUUUAGAUUUUUUUUGUUUUGAUGAUUGAUGAAAUCAUAUAGAUCAACUAAGUUGUUCAAAACCCUGAAAUAAUUUUGGAGUAUUUUCAGAAUAUUUCUAUGAGUGAACCAAUGCCAUGAAUUUUACAUGCUUCGUUUUCUUUCACAUCUAAUGCUUUUAACUUUUAAGGAACAAAUGUUUCUUAGAAAUUUUUGUGGGAGGUAGAUAUAUUUGUUAAAAUUUGAUAUAUGAAUUAUUGUAAUGUAG